AUGUUCGGGCCGUUUAGAAUUACGAGCUCCCUAAGCGGAGGCCUCUUAUGGAAAAUCCCAUGGCGCCUGUCCCCGACUCAGAAGGCCCGGCAAAGGAAGCGGUUACGGGCUGUCGAUCAGGUUGUCGAGACGCUGUCUAACGCAUUGGCCAAGAAGGGCGAGACGCUCAAGUCACUAGAGCGGUGGAAGGCCGAGAUGCCGACCGAGGCGCAGAUGCUGCCGCGCGACAAGUACACUAUGUUCGACCGGAAAGCGAAGAGAUAUCGCAAGGGCAUUCACAAACUACCCAAAUGGACCCGCGUGUCGCAGAGAAUCAACCCGCCCGGUUUCUAG